AUGAGUAGUUGUCUGAAAGAUAAGCUCGCCUCUAAUGCUGAGCUUGAAGCUUCCCCAGAGCUAUCAAAACCAAAAUGCACCGAUUUCUUCCAAAUUACUCGCGCUAAGCCCUGGGCUAUCAACACAGGCAGCUGGUACACAUUCUCGUCCGAACCCAAGCUGUGCUUCCAAAUAAGACAAGGUUCCUCCUGGAGGGAAGGCUAUAUGUUACCGAUAUAUAACAUCUGGAGUCCCCCAUACUUCGGAAUCUCGCUACCAGAGCCAAACUCAACUCAAGACACGAGGACCAUUAUAGGUCUUGGGGAAGUGGUUCUGUCAGACCAAAGUUCAUCGAACAUAAAGAAGUCCUAUAAGCUGAACUGCAACGACCUUAUCGUGACCAGCUACGAAGACGAUGCAGCAUCCCUGAAGGCCAGAGGCACCGGGUCAAUUCCGUUCGAAAGAGAGAACGUCGUCGGUGGUAUUGAUGUUGACUACCCCAGUUUCCUGCAAUGCAGGUGUUGCCUUCGAUACCGAGGGUGGGUAACCCUAGCCAACGGCGAACGCUGGCGAUUUGACGAAAUCAUCCGGUCAAACCGCCAGUCGUAUUACCAGUUCCAGCGCGUGGGCAAUCGCGUUGCGCAUCAAAUGGUAAAUCGCGUUGCGCAUGAAAUGGUAUUCCCAAAGAUAUAUCCUAAGACGCUCCAAUGGGAGUGUUAUAACGAUUGGAAGUCGGAAUAUGGAGAGGCACCGGCGAAUAUGCCGUUCAUUUUGGACCAGGACACGCGCCUCUGCCGCGUUAACCCAGACUGGCACGGACAACGGCACUGGGACGCUUCUAAGCUUGUAGCUCCCGUGGUUGCUAUUAUGAACCGAGAAUUCCUCGUCUUUGUCAAUGGGUUGAAGGAGGCUAAGGAGAUUGAGACUGCUAUUCUUCGAGAGCUGGUUCUCAUGACAGGUCUCACGAUUGCGAAGUUUGAACGCCCUAAAUUGGACAAAUAA